AAGAAUUCAUGAGGCGACGUUUUGUUCCUGAGCACUAUAAAAGAGAUAUGUACAACAAGUUGCAGCGGCUCUCUCAAGGUAAUAUGAGUGUUGAUGAAUAUUACAAGGAGAUGGAAUUGCUUAUGAUACGUACAGGGACAACGGAGGAUCCGGAGGCGACUAUGGCUCGUUUCUUUAACGGGCUAAAUAUCGAGGUGCAGGAUCGUGUUGAGAUGGUGGUCUACUACAACAUACAAGAUCUUGUGCACCAAGCUGUGCGUGCGGAACAACAGAUUAAGCGACGCCAAGUCAACAUUGUUCCCACUACCACUUUGAACACAUGGCGACGCUCGCAGUAUAAGAGUGAGGAUGUCGGUCCUAGCUCCAGGGCGACAUCAUCAAAUCGCUCUCAUGGUUCCGUGCAAAAGGAUGCUUCAAAAUCAGGACUGUCGAUGGUUGAUUCUAGUGCACAGUCGACCGGACGCACUAGUGACAUAGAGUGUUUCAAGUGUGGAGGAAGGGGACAUAUGAAGCGUGAAUGUCCUAAUGAGAAAAGAGUGUUGCUCACGAGAGAUGGCUAUGCAUCCGCUAGUGAUGAAGAGGUAGUUUCUGACACUUCUGGUGAAAAAUCUGAAGAUGUUGAAGAUGUGGUUGCGAGUUUUGAAGCUGCUGAAUCAUAUCCGUCUUUGAUGGUGCAACGGGUGCAAGAAGAUCACAUUGAGGAUAAGGGGCAGCGAUGGAAUAUUUUUCAAACUCAAUGCAAAAUCAACAACACUAAUUGCAAGUUGAUCAUAGAUGGAGGAAGCUACACCAACGCGGUUAGCAAGGACUUGGUGGAUACUUUAGCUUUGCCUACCUGGAAGCACCCACAACCCCACUGCGUCGAAUGGUUAUAUCAGUCGGGGAAACUGAAAGUUACUCACAAGGUGCGUCUCAAUUUUUUGGUUGGUAACUAUACUGAUACAGUGAUUUGUGAUGUAUUGCCGAUGGAUGCAUGUCACUUAUUGUUGGGGAGACCAUGGCAAUAUGACCGUCAUGCCACACAUGAGGGACGGUCCAAUACAUACUCUUUUUGGAAAGCAGGAAGACGACAUGUUCUGCGAUCUAUGUUUAUGGCAGAAAUCAUGGUGGACACAACUGCUUCACUGAAGAAGUCUAUGAAAUCUACCGCAAAACCGAGGACGGUUUUGUUUCAAGGAGGAGGGGAUGAUGUGUCCACUGAUGCAUUAGCAAAAUUUGAUCAAGCCAUAGAUUCUAAUAUUUUAAUGGUGGGUACAAUUGCACUCAAAAUACAGUCAUCGAAACCUAAGCCGGACGAGGUUAAACCUAAUUUUAGGACUCCGCCGCGUCAGGUUAUGCUUGGAUCAUUAUCAUUCCAAGUCUGAUCGGAGUUGAGGCGUCCAGGAGCAACACAUCACGUCAUGUGCGUUCAAAUUCCUGAUGUGAUAUACGUGGAGUUAAAUCAAGGCACUAACGUACAAGACAAAUCAACAUGGAUCAGGAAGCCAGAUUAUGUGUCGUGUCCUAUUAUGCAAGUAGUACUAGUUGGUACGUGAGAGUUUUUUUUUCUUUAAGGUUUAAAAUAGGAAGCCAAGUUGAAUUAGGAAAGUAAUACUAGUUUAGGACGGUUUGGGGUCAGGUUGACGUCGCCUAUAAAACAGGCCGGCUUCGGCCAACGUAAGGUGGAGUUUUUUUGGUUUUGGUCGUCAGAUUUUGUAUCGCUCGGGAGUUGAAUAAAAAAGUCAGAAAACGUCCUGUGAUGUGGGACACCAAAUAUCGUCUUUGUUGCUGAUCCGUGAGGAUUUUGUUGCCGCUGUGCGUGGAGUCGAUUCAAUCUACUUGACGCAAGUUUUCGAUCUUACGGUCUUGCAUCCUCGCUCGACCGGAAUUUCUUGUUGCUGCUAGUAUCGUGAAAGAUCAGGCCGACGAACGACUCGUCAUCUAGUCGAGUCUUUAUCAAUAUGUAAAAUAUCUAAUUCUUUGUAUAACAAUGGGCACUUUCAGAGAACUUAUGCCACAAGAAAAAAACAGGGGUGGUCUGUUGAGAGAACUAUAGCCGCAAGAAAAAUCAGGUUGUGCUUUAGUCAUUGGCUAUGGUCGUUGGUAUGAUGCACGCAUUACACUAUGCAUUGGUGAUAAGGCUAUUGUUCUCUUAAACUGGUAAUAUUGAUCUCUUGUCUUGAAUGAUGUAAUGUUAACAGAUAGCCAUGCUAGAAUCAACUUGGUUUAUAAUAGGUUCAUCAACUUUAUGUUUCGCCACCGUGCAAUGUACUCUCUCUUUCUCUCACUGAUUCUAUCUAGAGAGCAGUCUAUCGAUAAUCUUCAAGGCCAGCACUGCCACAUGUUUCAUGUUCUCGGUGUACAAUAUAUUACUUGGUCAUGUGACUUGCCUAUGCAAGAUUUAAUUAUUACUAGGUUUAAUAUGGUUGCUGCCAUGCGCAAGUCAGCAUUUACUGAUCUGUAAGUUUACAUCAUGGCACUGUUCAACUUGGCCUUUGUGUGAUGAACAUCGAAUCAUCGAUACAUUUGUAUCUCCUUUGGCUGGAUACAGAGUUCCAUAUUCCGAGGAGAAGGGCUUAAAUGAUGUAUGUGAAUAAAAGGGCACCAUUAAUAGGCCUUUUCUAUUUGGUCAUUUGAUUGCACCAAAGAUUUAUUAUUUCCACUGCUUUAAGGAUACAACCAAUGAGGCAAUUUCUGAAGGCCUGGCACAUACUGUUUCCAAAUAUAUUAUAUACCUAACUAAUCAUUUGGCGUCUCAGGCGCAAGAGCUUGAGGCGUUUGCACAAAUUGCUUUCUUCACACAAGGCCAUGGAUUUGAUCAUCGAUGGACGUCACCGACCACCUAUUCUAACUCUGGCAAGUACCCGAUGAUACAUGAUCCCACCAGCUCUUGUGAUGUACCAUGUAAACUACCGUGUGAUCUGCCUUUUUUUGUGAACACGGCCUCUUUGGCACGUCUAUCCAUCCUUUUGUACUCAAUAUCUACCUUGUACAAAUAUUGCAUCCUUUAUUUUACCAUGUAUGAACAUUUACAUCCUUUAAAUGUGUUUACUAUCGUUUUGGUCGCUAUGGAGAUCUGUUGUUACUAUCGUUCUGUAUCCAUUGAUGAUGUCUCCUAUUA